AUGAAGCCUUCGCUGGUGACCUUGGGGGUGCUUUUGUUCAAUCGCAUCUCAGCCAGGUCUGUCGCAAGGCCACAGCUUUUCAACUCGGGCUUUCAUCUUAGUGAGGGGGCAAACGCACAGGAGUCCUCGGAUCCAUCAGGCGUCAGCCGGCCGACACAAACAAGUUCUGCAGCUGCCGGCAGCCAGUCUGGCCAGACAGUAACGUUGUGCUUGAACACAUCUCCAAGUGUGGGGGACGAAGUAUCAAGCAUUACAGGAUUUAACUCUUGUAACGAGAGUGGUACAGAGAGUCAAGGAGCUUCAAGUAGCGUAGCGGCGCAAUCUACAGGGGUGCAACCUGUCUACAUUCCAUCGACAGCCACACAACCGUCAAACGCUGGACACACCGGAAGCACUGACGGCACAGGAGAUAACACCUGGGGAGGCAGCACAGCCGGAGGAGUUGGAAGCAAUGAAGGUACCAACACGUCAGGCACCACCUGCACAACUAGCGGAAAUGGAACAUCCCAGGCAAGUAUCUCCUGUAGCAACACAAACUCUGGCGGCUCUUCCAGCACCUCCCAUAAUAGCUCCACCCAAACUACCAGUACCAUCUCAAGCAACAGCAAUUGGAACAAUGGUUUUGGUACCCCACCUUUACCCGGCCAGCCCGAUCUCAUCGGCUCAGACGUCUGCGGCAAUGGAGGCUGCAAGAGCCAGGACGAGUACUGCGCCGCUAUCCAACGGAACGGGAAAACGGAUCCCGUAUGUGAAGGAAGUGGUACUGGAGGAGGAGGUGCGUCGCCAUCGACUGGGGCAGGGAGCGUGCCGUCGAGUGUGCCAACAAAUGUGGUGGGAUCUCAAGGUGGAAAUGGAACCGGCUAUGGCUCAGGGACCGGAAGCGGCGGAGUGGGUGUGGGUGGAGGAAGUGGUAGUAGUGGGCGUGGGCGCAAUGGAGGUUAUGGUACUGAUUAUAGUGGUCAGACGGACUACAUUGGUUCAGAUGUAUGCGGUAAUGGAGGGUGCCAGAGUCAAGCGCAGUAUUGUGCUGCUGUUCAGAGGAACGGACAGAGCGAUCCGAAAUGCGGUGGAUGA